AUGGCCGAAGCGACCUCGACCCCGCGCAUCACGGCGCAGUACCUCGACAACUACGUCGGUCGCAACGUCAUGCUCAUUGGCAAGGUCUUGCAGCUGCGUGGUGAUUCUGCCGUUCUUGACGCGGACGGAAACGUCACUGCCAUUCUCAAUCGCGAUGUGCACCUCACCAAUGGUAACGGUGCUCAGAUCAUCGGCAAGGUCAAUCCUGAUCUGUCCAUCAAAGUCCUUACCUCCCGCGAUCUGGGACCCGGUGUUGACUACCAGCUCGCUGCGGCCGUACCGUCCGGGCGUGUAUACGGGCGCAACCAGUUCAACAUUCCCGCACCCAGUCAACCCGCGCGCAUUACGCCCCGAGCUCCCGUGACCCGGCCGGCGACGACCACCACAACCACGGCGAACUCCACUCAGCUGCGCAGACAGCAACAGCACCCUCCCCAGCAUGAUUAUGAGAGACAACAGCAGCAGCAGCAAACACCACCUCCCACUCAACGUCGACCGCCCCGAUAUAUCCCGCCCACGCCAACCCCACCUUCCCCCAACCUGACGCGGUACCGAUCAACUACCCCUAUCCCUUUAACUCACCCCCCAUCACCCCAGACCCAGAAGCGUCAUGCCUCCACCAUUCAGGCAUCUCAGCAACCCCGCCAACAUGAUCGAGACUACCGACCACCUUCAACCGUGAACCACGACAAGAGGACAAGUAUCCCCUACCCCCCUUCUCGCACACCAGUCCGACCUCCAACACCGCCAUCACCAGACAUACCCACGUGGCCAAGCUUCGGCUCGUCUACGCCCGAACUUACCUCCACCUCAAAGCAUCCGCAGAUCAAGGCUUCCUCUGAGAUCUCCAGUAGGAUCGUCAAAGCCAGGAAGGGGCGAGAAGUUGAGGAGGGCAGACUUGGUCGGCAGAGGUCGAAACCAGGGGAGUCGGAAGUGGAGGUCAAGGAAGUUGUCCUCGACGACGACUCGGAGCUCUUGGGCGCUAUUUUGGACGGUAUCGGACGUAUGGCGGUCGGCACCGUCGCUAUGAGAAUGGAUGAUGCAGGGCGGUGGAGGAUUCGCCGUGACCCGGGGGAGGAGAGUGAUUAG